CAGAGAAGGAACUAAAAUGAUUAUUAAAUGCAGAGCAAAAUCCUACAGACCUUUUUCCUGUGAGGCUUGCAUAUAAGUACACCUGGUUACUAAUAGAGUUACCUCGCAAACUGAUUGUCUUCACCUCGACAGCUUCAUCCCUAGAAGCCAUUCAUUAGCUUUACUGCACAAGCGGUACGAGGAUAGUUGUAGGCCGGGUUCAUACCUUUGUUAGAUAUGGAGGGGGGCAAUGAUGUCAACACGGACAAAUCAGAUGAGAUCCUCCUGCCCGGGUUCCGGUUCCAUCCUACGGAUGAAGAGCUGGUUAGUUUCUACCUCAAGAAGAAGAUCCAGAAAAAGCCUAUCUCCAUUGAGCUCAUCAGGCAACUGGACAUCUAUAAGUUUGAUCCAUGGGAUCUGCCAAAGCUUGCAAGCACCAGCGGCGAGACGGAGUGGUACUUCUACUGCCCAAGGGACCGAAAGUAUCGCAACAGCGAGAGGCCGAACCGAGUCACAACAGCUGGGUUCUGGAAAGCCACAGGAACAGAUAGACCGAUUUACUCCUCCGAGGGCACUCGGUGCAUAGGCCUGAAGAAGUCCCUUGUCUUCUACAAAGGCAGAGCGGCAAGAGGGAUGAAAACUGACUGGAUGAUGCACGAGUUCAGGCUUCCUUCCCUCACCGAUCCAUCGCUUCCCAAGAGACCGAUCGACAAGAACAUCCCGCUUAACGACUCUUGGACGAUAUGCAGAAUCUUCAAGAAGACCAGCUCGAUGGCCCAGCGGUCGCUGUCUCACACUUGGGGGUCUCCAAUGCCUGGGGCAGCUGAGCAAGAUCCCUUCUCUGGGAUGCAAUCGGUGCAAGCUUCACAUUUUUCUUCUGAGAGCUCCUCCCGCUCACUGCACGUUGCAGCAGCACCAGCAAGUCAGUUAAUCACCAGCAAAUAUGGCUUCCAGGGACGGCAGCAGCAUUUUCAGAAAUCCAGCAACACACAGGAUGGCUCCUCAUGCAAGGUCAUAAGCUUCAACUACAGUCCACCUCUGGAAGUCCAGAAAGCUCCCAUCAUCUUGCCAUUCCAGACACAGCCAUCGCAGAAGCCCACGCAAGCUACGCCACAUCUCUUCAACCUACAGUUUGGGAAGCCUGAGCAGAUCGCCGGGUUUGUGGGGUAUUCUUCUGCAGAUAUAAGCGUGGGCAUGGGCUGCAGGAACCAAGAAUCAUCAACAAUAAAUCCUGACAAUACCUUCAGCAUGAACAGUGAGUGGGAGGCUCCGGAGAGGCUCAACUUCCCAUUCGAUUCAGGAGCAGGCUCUUUGGAUGACUGGAAGUGCGACAUACCUUGGGAAUCCUUUCUUAGCCCAACCGCGUCUGUGGGAUAAACCAGCUAACAGAAAGUGUGAACUACUUGUCUGAGACUUCUAUUUAGACUUCGGUGGAACAAACGACAACAGUGGACACUUGAAAUACUGACAUAAGGU